AUGUACUUCGCUGUAUUGGGCGACCCGCACCAUUGCAAACUACUGCACCAGAGCUGGACGCACCACAAACACACACUACAAAAGGCGCAUGGCCCCCCCGAUUGGUGUUGUCGCGCGCACCGAGGCCCAGGCGACCCGCCCCCUCCCUCCGCCAUGGCCUUGCGGGGGCUGGCUCGAGCACUCCCCGGCCUCAGGUCCGCGGCCUUCCCAUUGGGCGCCGCCUUCUCCGCAUCGGCAGCGGCGUCCGCUGGCCCCGCUGCGGCCGUGUAUGACCACCUGGUGCGGGUGACCGUGAUGGACAAGCACGGCGUGUCGAAGGAGGUCCAGGGGAUGGAGGGGCAGAAGCUGUCGGAAGUCCUGCUGGAGCACAGCGAGUUCGAGGGCAUGUGCGCGCCGACGCCCAGCGGCAGGGGGGCGCUGGACUAUCACGUGGUCGUGGCCCGGGACUUCUUGCGGAUGCUGCCGGAGCGGACAGCCGACGAGGAGCUCAACCUGGAGGACCUGAGCCUCAACCCAGGCCAAAACUCCCGCCUGGGCAGCGUGAUCAAGCUCUCGAAGGAACUGGAUGGUCUCACAGUGGCACUUGGGGAUAUACGGCCUUGGGAGACGAUUUAG